AUGUCCUCGAACUCCAACCAACACCCUUCUUCGCUAGGCGACCAAAACCCUCAAUCAAACUCGAAUACCCACCUUGACCCAAACAACGGUUACUCGGCAAGUGAUAAUCAGCUUGCAGGCUUGGUGGAAGCUGCUACUGCCGCGGCAGAUCAAGACCCGGAUCUAUCGCACUGGGCUGCGGCUGCUGCCACCGCUGUCAGCCACCAACAAUUGGACAGCUAUGGCACAGACAUGCACCUUGCUGAAGAUGGAUUUGGCGAUGCAAACUUCGGUACUACCAUGGGAAGCGGGAGACAUCUGAGAGUUCCGAAUGACCAUUCCCAGAGCCCGGGUCUCUCUCGUACAGUGUCGAAGAAACGAAAGCGAAAUGAUGAUAAUCUCGACCCUGCGCUGGCUGGAGCUGGUCUUUCCGGGGCUCAGCAGCAUGCGCAAGCAUCACAGCAAGGCUCACAUGGGUACGCUGGUGACAACAUGGAUAUUCGGUCUGUGCCGCCGCAGUCUUUGAAUGAAGCUCGUGCGGUGGGUGUUCACUCUGCUGCCGCGCUAUUUCGUCAACCAUCUAGUAACAAAAAGUACACUCGUCCGCCAAUGUCGAAGUUGUUCGCGUCGCUGGAGUUGUCGCCAGAAAACUUCCUUCAUCUCCAAGCGGCGGCGAAGGGAUACAUGCUCAAUGAUGAACACCCAGAGCGACGCGACUGUGUAGGCCAGCGAGGUAAAGGAGACACCGAAAUGGUUAAACUGCGCUUGUGGAACUGUGUUCGACACUUCCUCGAGGCUGAGGGCAAUGGUGAUCGAUUCUUCGGAGAGAACGUUGUUAACGAGGGCAUGGGUCCGCGAACCUACAUCUGGCCUCGUGAUCAGCAAAAAAUCAUCUCCCUUGUCAUUCCUCUGUUGCGACGAAUGGUGACCAACGAACGGCAGCGACAAUAUGCAAUUGAAACCCGCAAAGGUGGGGGUGCAGACGAUCGUCGUCGUCGUCAAACAAACGAAAGUUUCCAAGACAUGAACGGUCCACGUUUCUCUCCUGAGCAAUCACUUCAGUUGCAACAUCAGGAUCAUCGCCCCGGCGACAUGGAACAAACGAUGCCAACUGCCCCUCCUGUCCAGAUUCACCACGACUCCCUCGAUUCCUCCAACGUCAUGGAUCUUGGUCUGACUGAUCUUUUCUUGGACGGAUACACGUUUGACUACCACGACUUUGCCAAAUCAUACGAUAUGUACAACCAACAAUUCGAGCUGGAUAACCUCUUCUCCCUGUCCGGUCUUCAGCAGCCUGAAUUUCGUGGCCUUGUGGCAGCUGUUGACAGUCACUACCGUGUCAUCCACGAUGGUGAACCGUGCCCAAGCCCUUGCGAAGAUGCCAACGUGCAUCGCAUCAUCCACUCAGACUCUGUGGCAAAUCUGAAUUGGCGCAUCGGAGGAGGACGAAAUACCACCGCACGCGAUGACUUUGCCAGUAGUAUCACCCGUGACGUCUCGCGGAUCAUCGGCGAGAAGGUCUCCAGACAGACCCCUUCAGCAGCUCACAGCCAUGCCCCAAUGGCAGAUACCAAGUUCCACCCGCAGCCACCUGCUCCCAUUCAAAAUGCAACCAAUGUCACUCCCUCUAAUCCCAACAAUCAAACUUAUCUCUGCAUCAACGUCAUCCAGCAGGGCAAACGUAUUCUCCCCCGAAUUGAUCUCCCCGCUGAUCAGCUCCCCACCGUGGACUCUGCUAAACAGGCUAUCCUGCGCCGCUACUUGGGCCAAAUCCCCGGGCUACCUUUCUUGCAGGGCCAAGAUAAUGACGACUCUGUUGACCAGCAAGCCCGAAACGCCGCACUCGCAGCCUGGAAGGUCAAGGUCUGGCUUCCGGAUGGUCUCAUCCCAGUUGAUAACGACAAAGAUUGGACCUUUGCUCUUCUAUCUGCCGACACCGUCGACUGGAUGGAUGGCAACUUGAAGGUUCUGGUGGAUAUCGAUGGAAACAAUGCCCACUAG